AUACUCAUGUCUCCAGUUGGCGGAAGCAAUCUGGCGAACUUCCUAGAAAGAGUCAGUAGCCCCGAGACGACUUCAGAGUUUAGGACUCAAGCAAGAGUCUAUAUACGCCGUUGGUAUGCUUGUAUAGCAUCUGUGUUGAGCUGCAUGCACGGCAGUGGUGUCCGCUACCAAGACAUUAAACCAUCCAAUAUCGUUCACAGAGGAGAUCGAGUCUUCUUUACAGAUUUCGGCUCCUCUUCAACUUUCGACAUCGAUCACACGACAUCGACAGACGCCCAUGCACGUUUGACUGCCAUGUAUGGCGCCCCAGAGAUGGUACUUCACUGUGGAGAACACGGGAGGUCGUCAGACAUCUUUUGCCCUCGGCUGUGUGUUCUGCGACAUGUUGACAGUCAUGAGAGGCAGAGCAGUUUCAAAAUUUCAAGACUAUCUCCGCGAAGGUGACGAGGAGAACAGUAGGGGCCCCCGCGCUUUCCUCGGCUCUGGCGCACAACUAUCGUCAAUACGGCAGUGGUGUGCUGAUUCCUACUUCUUCAAAGUGUAUCUCAGCCAUGCUGCGGUCCGAUCGGACUUUGCGACCAUCUGCAGACGAUGUAGUCAAAAGUCUUGCCUUACAUAAGCACGGCAUCUCAGAAUGUGAAUGCGCACUGGAACGAGUGCUUUAGACUGGGUCACUGAGUAACGCGGAUGGAAGGGUGUACCAUCACUGGAUGAAACAAGAUUUUUACUUUGACUUGAC